AUGUUCUACGUGACUGAAAGAGACAUUCCUGAACAUCUUCUACGCAGCAUCAACGUCGCGAUCGAAACCUUCUCUGUCAAUACCACCGUAGCCGCCCCAGAUGUAGUCCAAUACAUCAACUUUUACAUGCAAAAAUAUUUCGGUCGUAAAGGCUGGAACAUUCUUGACGCGAAUUUCCCAGAGGAGGAGGAAAUCGAACUUCUAGAGGCAGCGGAAGGGGCAGGGGAAGCACAACAAGAAGUAGAUCUCAAUCGUUCCGAAGAGUUCAUGGACCAAUCAAUCCUGAGCACAUCCGUGAAACACGCAGACUCGGGAUCUUCUUACAAAGCUACGAGCGAUUCCAACUACACUCCCGAAAAAGAGCCGCGAGAAUGUUCCGACAGCGACGCAUUUCCAGGGCUUGAUGAAACAAAACCUCACCUACUGGACAAGUACUAUCUAGUCCAAGGAAGAAAACUUAUGGAGCUAUUUUAUCUCAACCUUUGUGGCUGCGAUAACACCGGAGGAACAGUGCGCCUUCUCAAUUCGGGGUCCGCCCCCAUCAUAGAAUAUGUCUCGAAGGAAGGAACAUCAGUCAAGAGGUGGGAGGGGCAGGAAAAGCUAGGCUCUAGACCGAAUGAUAAGCUAUACAGCGGUAAUGCGAUUGCUUGUGCCGCCGCCCUCACAACCGGAGCGCGAAUGAAUAAAAUUCAGAAAUGGGCAGAAGAGGCAAAUGUAUUAGUAAAUUCGAAAACGGCAUUUUAUUGCAUUUUUGAUGAGUUGGCUACCUCCGUGGACAUAGUCUAUGAGAAACAUCAGAAAAACGUCAUCCAAAAAAUCCGCGCGGCGUAUGAGGACGAUGGGGUACCUACUUCAUGGAAUAUCGCCGUCGACGGCGCAUUCGACUCACGCGGAUUUACUGCCAAAAUAUGCAGGGUUUUGGCUGUCGACCUUCGGACAAACCUCUGCAUACACACAGAGGUUGUUCAUUACUCGGAAACAGCAAACAUAAGCGGAAGAAUGGAGAAAGAAGGCUUCCGCCGCAUGCUACGGUGGUUGCGAUCGAAUGAUAUCCCGAUUCAUUCGAUCGCAACCGACCGUAGCAGCAUGUACGGAAGCGAGAUAGCCUCCUUCAAUGGUGUAUUUGACAAAAGUGUCGAAUGGUUCUUUGACCCAUGGCACCUCGGAAGAUACCUGUAUAAGAACCUACGCGCGGCGCAAAAGCGAGGGAUUGUGCGUCGAUCAAAGACUGGGUUGAAGACAUUGAAACCCAUCUAUACUAUUCCAUAG